CCAACAACUCGCUUGGUUGACCACACCGUUUCCGCGGCCACGCUCAACGAGAUGGCGCGUUCUUUCUCGGAGAUAAUGCACUCCGAACUGUUCACCUUCCUCAUCGGUCAAGACGAGGAACCUGUUGUCGUGCACUUAGGUGCCAUUGCUGCGCUCUCUCCAUCUCUAGACUGCCUUGUCAACGGAUCCAUGAAAGAAGCCCUGGAGAAUAUCGCCCGACUACCUGAGCUGGAGGUCGAAGAUUUCGAGAGAAUCUGCGAAUUCGCAUACCGUGACAACUAUACAGAUCCCGAGCCAGACAUCAUUGACGACACCGACGACAAUAACUCUACGUUACUCAGUCCUUCCAUCGCACAAAUAGUAAUAACAGGAGGCAUCUCCAGACAGUAUGUGCACACGUUCAUUACGCUGGGUUUCGGCCAAUGGAGCGCUGCGCGCGCAGUAAUCAGCCCUUGGAGUGGACAAGAGCACUGGGAAGUUGAUGUCAGCGACGUUCUCAUGGCUCACGCACGUCUUUACACCUUUGCGGAGAAGUACAUGAUCUACAAGUUGAAGCAUCUUGCACUGCACAGACUACACCAAUUUCUCGUUUCUCUGCCAGUCAACACCCUAACACGCGCAGCUGUCGUCGAUCUUCUCGUCUUUGUAUACGACAACAACAAUACCGCCGACAGAAUUUACAACUCCGAGCAUGAGCAUGAAGCUGUGGAUCCGCUGCGAAAUUUGGUUGUCAAAUUCAUGCUCAUCCACCUGGAUGCCUUCCGUGGGUUCCCGGAAUAUCGAAAGUUCAUGGAGCAGGGAGGGCAGUAUGCGAUUGAUCUCCAAGACGACUUUGUGCAGUGGCGCGGAUUGGUAUGCGUCACUUGA